AAAUUUCCCAAAAAAAUUCAAACCCUGCGUCCUUAUUCCCCAAUGAAUUUUUAGUCAUUUCAAACCCUCAAAUCCUCAUUCUCCUUCAUCCUGUCUCGUCUCACUGCUCUUCUUUCUCUCUGUCUCACCUUCGCUGCUCCGUCCCAACCACCGCAUAUCCACCUCCGUGUUGCACUCUUGUUGCUGCCCUAACCACCGUCACCCGCCGAGUUUCAAGGUGCUCUUUGAAUUAAUAUCAAGAUGGCUGGGAUUUCAAGUUUUGGUGCCCUUGCACCCAAAACUAAGAACCUGAUCGUUGCGGGGGGACUGACUUCGUUUGUUUUUGGAGUGUACUUUUACACAAUGCGAGCUGUUGGAGGUACCGAUGAACUUCAGGUGGCCAUUGACAAGUUUGAAGACCAGAAACACCAGAGUGAGUCCAAAGCAAAUUAGGGAUACAUGCUCAAUCAUGCUGUGCACUCCUGAUUUGGCAACACGCUGAUAAUUAGGUUCUGUCAUGCAGCAAUUCAAGCAUGUUUUCUCCUGCGACGUAACUCCGCAUAAUUGGCCUGACCGAUCUGUAUGCUAGCUUCAGUUGGAUUCUAUAAGGCUACGUUAAGACUCAAGAGUAUAAUAAUGUUGAGGAACGUUAUGUGUUGAGACAUUGUAUAGUUUAUAGACGAUGUUACUUCUGUUGCUAUUUUUUGAAUCUUUAUUAACACCAGGUUUUGGCUGAAAUUGCAAGCAUGAUGUUCCUGAUUUGGCUUUUUUAGCUUGAAUGACAUCAAGAAUGGACUCUGAGCGUUAGAACCAAACUAGAUUUCCGCUGUUUUCUGAAGUCUUAACUCCUGCCACCCGACAUUUUGUCCGACAAAUCUAACAAGAUCCUCUCACCUCCCUAUUAGGGAUAAGGAGGGACGAGGCCGAAGGUGCGAGAAAUGUGAGUAAAAUUUAGACGGAACAGGAUACUGCCAAUCUUUGGUUCUGCUCCU